AUGUUAGUCUGUGGUAGAACACUCGCGAAAGAGCUGGAGGAUGAGUUUGACAACUUGAGCUUUGCUCAUUACCGGUGUGCAGCUCAUGUGCUUAAUCUUGCAGUCCAAGAAGGUCUCCAGCAACCUGCACUCCAAAUGCUUCAGGCCGAUAAUUCUACUAUAAGAGAACGAUACCCAUUACCAUCCGAAUUGCAGGAUAUUCAUGAUAUUAUUGUAUUACUAGAGCCGAUCGAACGGGCUACUCUUUUCCUCUCCGCAUCAAAUAUCCAACACAUGCUCAACGAUUAUUGGCCCAUUUUAGAUCGCACAUCUCAAAUCUCUGCAAUACUGGAUCCGCGUUCUAAAAUAUCGGCAUUUAAAAAUCAAGAGGAACGAGAGCAAGUCAAAGCAACCAUUUUAGAGUUAACAUCGUAUUGCG